AUGGGGGAGCUUGAGAAAUAUCCAUGGCUUCCUCUGUAUCUCAUCAGGCAAGACCUGAUUUCUUGCGGAGGUUGGCUGAGGCCCAGUCUGGAAGUCAAAAACAUAGGCGAUGUUUUCCUUGAAAAGAAUGGGCAAAACAUCAUAACUUUGCCUUCUAUGGAUCUUAAGCCUGAGAAUUCAGGAAUUGAGACACAAGUUAAUAAGCUGAUUGAGGAUUUAAAAUGUGAAUCAGUUGAUGUGCAAAGAGUUGCCACGUCUGAGCUGCGAAUCCUCACCAAGCACAUGGAGAAUAGGAUUGUCAUUGCCAAUUGUGGAGCUGUAAGUCUCUUGAUCAGUUUGCUUUACUCAACAGACUUGGGUAUUCAAGAGAAUGCUGUUACAGCCCUUUUAAAUUUAUCAAUAAAUGAUGAAAUAAAAGCUGCAAUUGCUGAUGCCAAUGUCAUUGACCCUCUUGUUCAUGUGCUUGAGACUGGGAAUGCCGAAGCAAAAGAAAAUUCAGCUGCGGCCAUCUUCAAUCUUUCAGCUCUUAAGGAACUUAUGCUUAGAAGUGGACGAUCUGGGGCGAUUAAGCCUUUGGUGGAAUUAUUGGAAAAUGGUUCUCCACAAGGAAAGAAAGAUGCAAUCCGUGCUUUGUACAAUCUAUCUGUAAUUACUGAGAAUAAGCCGAAAAUUGUGGAGGCGGGGGCUGUCAGGCCUUUGAUUGCGCUUAUGGACCCAGCCCUGGGUAUGGUUGACAAGGCUGUUGCUAUACUUGCAAACCUUGCUACUGUCAGUGAAGCACAAAUAGCAAUUGGCCGUGAAGGUGGGAUCCCAGUACUUGUGGAGGUUGUUGAAUUAGGAUCUGCUAGAGGGAAGGAGAAUGCUGCUGCUGUGUUGCUCCGGUUAUGUACGAGUAGCAAAAGAUUUUGUAGACAGGUGCUCAAGGAAGGUGCUGUGCCACCUUUGGCCGCAUUAUCACAAUCAGGAACUCCCCGUGCUAAGGAGAAGGCACGAUCGCUUCUCUGUUUCUUUCGAAAUGCUGGGAGGGUAUGAUCUCUUGUAAAAGUGUAUCUCACUAGUUUCCAUAGCUUAAUUGUUUGUAUGUGUGUAGUGUAUACAAAAGGAAUUUAUGUUUAUUGUGGCAUCCUUCGGUGCAAUUAGUGUUAUAUUUUUUUUGUACAAUUAGUGUUAAUUUUUUUUUUGAUAAAUAUGGAUAAGCAAUAGGAUUAAACUCAAUUGAGUUGGGGAGAAUUCUCAAAAUUGAAGAAAUGCAAUGACAACACCUA